GAACAAAAAAAGCAACCGUAGCAGCUCCUCCGUCUCUGCUUAGAGGUAGAGACCGAAAGACAGAGGUAGAGACCGAAAGACACCUGCAUCUUUCUCAAACGGCUUGAUAUAUUUCUAAGGGAAGUCAUGACGACGUUCAGAAAGUUUAGCUUGGAUGAUGUGUUUAACUAACACCCAUGCUAAUGGAGUCGGGUGACCUGGAACAAGCUAUCUGUCUUCCCAAUUCUGUUCUUAUUGCCAAAGGACCUGGAGGAGCAAUGGAGUUGAUAUCUUGCUUGGACAAAGAUAUGGACAUAGAAAUAGACACUAAGCGGAGUACUACGUUUGACGGCGAAAUGGUUGCAGGCUUUCCAUACUUGUCGUAUAAGGAUGCAUUCUCUCUUUCUCCAUCCUCGAAGGAGCUUAAGGUGAACAGUAAAACAACCCUGAAAGUGAAUGUAGAUCAUUCAUCAUACAUAGAGGACGAAGUUGUACAGUGGACGAUAAUUCCUGAAUGCUUCAGUCAGUACAGUAGUAUUCCUAAGUAUUUCAUGUUUGCAGAAAAAUUAGACUCCUCUUAUGAGGAUGAGUUCCUUGGAAAACAAGACAUAAUUAGAGUAUAUGUUUGCCAGUUUCUGAAGAACCAUACACUGUUUGUUGAUGGGGCCUAUAGGUCCGACGCCUGUUUUGAUGGACGCAGAGGUGGGCUUGGCGGUGUUUACAGGAUUCCCGGGGGGAUAUUGGAAAGGUGUUUUUUGGGGGUAUCGAAUUAUGAACAGGAUGAUUGUUUCUUCUACGAGUUAGAAGCGGUCUUAACAGGACUUGGUAUGGUGGUUGAUUGUCCACAGGUUCCAGAAAAGUUAACCGUUGUUUGUGAUAAUGGGGAUGUUGUAGAGCAGAUGCAGAAACUGUUAACAAAGAAGAACUGGGAUGAGAUACGUAAGCGACAGUCUCUUCUAGAGAAAGCAGAGAAAGAGAAGAAAGAUGAUGAAGCUUAUGAACCCGUAAAAUAUAAAGAGAGCCCAAGUGAACGAGCCCCCCCGUAGACAAACUGAAGUUACAGAUUUUAGAGCUAAUGGUGAAGCACUGGACCCCUGAAACUAUUGAGUUUGAACACACCUACAGGGAGGGGAACUCCCCUGCCAACUAUUUGUCUCAUCUGGCGACGGUUAUUGGAGUUGUUAUUUGGGGACGAUCAAGUGCAGAACUGGAUGCUUACCUUCAGUAUCUCCUGAAACGCGACCUCCUUGGGUACUAUUUGAGAUUCGGCAAAACCUACAGAUUUAUUCAGAGGAGAAUAGAGGCUAUGAAGAAAGCAACAGCUCCUCGUCCCUGAUCAUAGCAAUUUUGUCAAGCUGUGUGAUACGAACAGGUAGCAAUGCAGUGGUAAUGUCUUGAUAUAUAUGAGCAAAUUUAUUUAUUUUUUUUGACUCUGACAUACUGGUGGUUAUACGGUUUUGCUCGAGAAACCAUAAAUAUCACUACACUAACUGAAAAUACAGUGAGAUAUUUUAGUAGACCCGUAAUGAGAUCAUAACUUUCUUUUUAUGUUGUCAGUUUAUCUAUGAAUAGCUAAUGACAGAUGAGAAUACAUGAUUAGUCUCACAACUA